AUGCUUCACUCUCCGCUGAAAACAGCGUUGGCCUAUGAGUGUUUCCAAGACCAGGCCAGCUCCACUCUGGCUCUGCCCUCGGACCACAAACUGAAAACGAAAGGCACAGGAAAACAGCGGGUCCAGGAGCAAGUGAUGAUGACGGUGAAGCGGCAGAAGCAAAAGUCGUCUGUGUCGUCAAGCGUGAGCCACUCCAACCGAGGCUCCAUGUACGACGGUUUGGCUGAUGGUUACGGCUACGGCACGUCCCGGGGCAGCUAUUACACCAAAGCCCAAGCAGGAAACAGCAGCUGGGGCUAUCCGCUGUACAACGGGACCCUGAAGCGGGAUGUGGAGAGCAGACGCUACAGCUCGUACAGCCAGAUGGAGGGCUGGGGCAGCAAGCACUACAGCAAGGCUGUCUGCAGCCCCGCCAGGGCCAGCAGCGACUACUGCUUUGUGCAGAACAUCAAGAGCAGCCGGAGCGAGCCUGACCUCUACUGCGAACCGCCCCGGGGCACGCUGAGGAAGAGUCAGGUGGGGGGCCGGGCAGAGCACAAGGCAACCUUGAACCGCCACAGCAUCUACAGCAGCUGUAGCACCCAGCAAGGAACUACCAGGACGAGCAAAAAAAUGCCAGCACGGGCCCUCUCCUGCCCCUCAAGCAACAAGCCUGAUGUGGUCUACGCCCAGCCCGUGAUGAGCUGCAAGCAGGACACGGUUUAUGGCCAGGCUCAGUCCAGCUCCAAAAUAUGUGGCGAUGAGAUAGACGGUGGCACAAUGACCAUCCAGAAAGCCAUACAACUUCUGUGCUCGUCUGAUGACAAAUACCAGGCCAUGGGUGCUUACUACCUCCAGCACACCUGCUUCCAAGAUGAGUCUGCCAAGCAAGAGGUCUAUCGGCUGGGGGGAAUUGCCAAGCUUGUCGAGCUCCUCCGCAGCACAAACCAGAACGUCCAGCGGGCGGCAGCUGGAGCCCUCCGAAAUUUGGUCUUCAAGAAUCCAACCAACAAGAUAGAAACCCGGCGGCAGAACGGGAUAAGGGAGUGCGUGAGCCUUCUGCGGAGGACGGGCAACACCGAAAUUCAGAAGCAGCUGACAGGACUUCUUUGGAACCUCUCCUCCACUGAUGAAUUAAAAGAAGAGUUGAUACAGGAGGCCCUUCCAGUCUUGACAGACUGUGUUAUCAUCCCGUUCUCGGGCUGGUCUGAUGGCAGCUGCAACAGGACACGAGAAAUUAUUGACCCAGAAGUAUUCUUCAAUGCUACAGGGUGUUUGAGAAACUUGAGUUCUGCAGAUAUGGGGCGCCAGACCAUGAGGAAUUACCCCGGCCUGAUCGACUCCGUCAUGACUUACGCCCAGAACUGCGUGGCCUCUAACCGGCCGGACGAUAAGUCUGUGGAGAAUUGCAUCUGCAUCCUGCACAACCUCUCUUACCGCCUGGAUGCUGAAGUUCCCAACAAAUAUACACAGCUCAACCACAUGGCCCGGAGUGUUUAUAUGGACAAAACUCUCACAGGCUGUUUCAACAGCAGGAGUGGCAAAAUGGAGAACGAUGAGUAUGGUGUUCCUCUUCCUGAGGAGGACUUUAAACCCAAAGGACCUAGCUGGCUUUACCACUCUGAUGCCAUCCGCACCUACCUGUCUCUUAUGGAUCAGAGCAAAAAGGAUGCCACCCUGGAAGCUUGUGCUGGAGCUCUGCAGAACCUCACUGCAAGCCGAGGACUGGUAAGUUCUCCUCUCUCUUCUGCACACAUAACGAGUAAUUCUGAUUCACAGUAA